AUGAAGAGAUAACAGGGCAGGGCCUGGAACAUUUCUGUCUCCCCCGCAUCAGACUAGCCCCCUCAGGCUUUGUCCACUGCACCUCACCAUGACCACAUGCUCUGUUUCAUGCCCCACCCUACUGCAACCCACCCACGCAACCCCAAUGCCAGAAAUAAGACCUCCCUCUAUCCACCACUCUGGCUUUUAGUGAAAGGCAUGAGGGUAACAGAAAAGAAGUAGAAAAUGCUUUGCUAACAGGGAACUAUAUUCAAUAUCCUGUGAUAAACAAUAAUGGAAAAGAAUAUGAAAAAGGAUAUAAAUGUAUAUAUCUAUCUGAGUCACUCUGCUGUACAGUAGAAAUGAACACAACAUUAUAAAUCAAGUAUACUUCAAUAAAAUUAAAAAAAAAAAAAGAAAAUGCUUUGCUAGGACAUCUGCUAAGAAUCAGAGAAGCCCAGAGUUUGACCUGUACAAACGGAGCUUCUCUUCGAAUCUUCUUCCACCAUCACCAUCACAUCCAGAAAUGAGGAAGAAGGAGAAAGCAUCAAAGCUUCCUGUCUAGAGAUCUAUGCUACCUACUCCUUGACCAAAAAGCAAAGGAAAGUUUCCAAAGUGAAACCAGUAAAGGUUCCAUGUUUGGUGGUGAAGCGCCCACCAAGCCAGCCCUACUCCUGCAAAUAACUAUAAACUCUGCACAGAGUCCUAAAAAAAUCACUGCCUGAAGGUUUGACUAGAGAGGAAGCAUUCCUUCAAAAGAAAGAAAAUAAAAUCUUUCCUAGGACAGGCGGAGGCCUCCUUGUAUGGAGCUCUGGUCCAUAAAUUCCACGAAGGACAUGCAGUACCUUUACUGGUUUCUCCUCACAGACUCCAGGUCUCUUGUGGGAAUCAUCUUCUAUUAUUUCUUAUUGCCAUAGUCAUAGGUUUUUGUUAUUCAGUGUUUGUAGGAUGGGUUUUAUAUAAUCAUUUUCCUGUAACCUGGGAAAAUGAUUCUCACUUCUGAAUUUUUAAGUAAGCGAAUGGGCAGAGAGAUUAACUGGUCAAAGUCAAACUGGUCACCCAGGGUGGGUUUUAUCUAUUAAGUGUCACUCCAUCGUGGGAGCCCUGGGAAGUGGGCUCACUCUGCUCGGCACCUGCUUCAGGGGGUCUCCCACACCACCUAUUAUGGUUUGAUUCACCAGGAUCUUCCUUUUGUAUAAAUCUUCAGCUUCCUCAAAUGCCCUUGGUUGCUAUUAAACUUUUCUUUGUUUACUUCCCCAAAGGCAUCAGUGUACACUUGAAACUCAGUUUUUCCUGAGACUGAUCAGAAGUUAAUUACUACUAGCUAUAACUUGAUUGUGGUGAUGCAUGCACAGCUUUAUUGAGAUAUAAUUCAUACACCAUGCAAUUCACCUAUGUAAAGUGUACAGUUCAAUGGCUUUCAGUAUAUUCACAAAGUUGUGCAUUCAUCAUCACAGUCAGUUAGAGAAUAUUUUCAUUACUCCAAAAAGAAACCCCAUCACUCCCAAUCCCUUUUUACCUCCCAGCCCUAGGUAAUCACUAAUCUAAUUUUUGUCCCUAUAGAUUUGCCUAUUCUGAACAUUUCAUGGAACUGGAAUUAAACACUUUCUGGUCCUUUGUAACUGGGUUCUUUCACUCAGCAUAAUGCUUUCAAGGUUCAUCCAUGUUGUAACAUGGAUCAGUACUUCAUUUCUUCUUAUUGCUCAAUAACGUCCCAUUGUAUGGAUAGACUACAUCUUAUUUAUCCAGUCAUCUAUUGAUGGACAUUGGGUUGUUCCCAUUUUUUAGCUAUUCUGAGUAGUGCUGCUAUGAACAUUUUGUGGACAUAUGUCUUCAUUUCUCUUAGAUAUAUUCCUAGGAGUGAAAUUGCUGGAUCAUGUGGUAACUCUACGUAUAAUGUUCAAGGACCUGUUUUCCAAAAUCACUGGACAAUUUUGCAUUCCCACCAGCAGUGUAAGAGGGUUCCAAUUUCUCCACAUCCUGUUCGAUCCUUAUUGUUAAUCUGUUUGAUUCGAGUCACCCUGGUCAAUGUGAGGUGGUAUCUUAUUGUGGUUUUGGACUGCAUUUCCAUGAUGGCUAUUGAUGCCAAACAUCUUUUUAUGUGCUUCUUGACUAUUUCUACACCGUCUUUGGAGAAAUGACUCUUCAGAUAUAUUGCCCAUCUUUAAAUUGAGUUACUUGUCUUUUUUAUUAUCCUAAAGCAUCGUUUAAAAAUAAUUUUUAACAAGACAGAUGGAGCCCAUUUUUGCAGCGCUCACGUUUUUGUAGAAUGCUGUAAACAAUUGUCACAGCUGUUUUUCAAGAAAUAGAAAGAGUUGCAACCUCUUCCUCAGAACAGAACUUUUAUAGUUGCAUUCAAUGCCUAACGUUGCAGAAGCAGAAAGGACAAAUGAUUCUGGAAAUGGUGAGUGCAAAUCUGAGAGAAGGUCUCCCGAAGAGAAUCUACAAGGUGCCGUACAAUCUUUCUGCACUCGUGCCUCGGGAGAACCCUUGGGUCCCAAAGGAGAUGGUCAUUAUCCAUGGAGCUGUCCAGUGACCCACACUCGGGAGAAAAUUUAUGCCAUCUGUUCAGACUAUGCCUUUCUCAACCAGGCGACCUCAAUCUACAAAACUCCAAAUCCAACCCGCUCUUCUUGCCUCCCCAAUAGUACCUCUUUAUCUGCUGGAAAUAAUUCCUCAGGUUACAUUGGCAUCCCGACCAGUACAUCGGAAAUCAUCUACAAUGAAGAAAAUAGCUUGGAAAACUUAUCCAACAGCCUGGGCAAGCUACCUCUUGCGUGGGAAAUUGACAAAUCUGAAUUUGAUGGAGUGACCACGAAUUUGAAACACAAAUCAGGCAAUGGAAAGAAGCAAAUUUCCAAGAAAAAAACUUCAGACAAGAAAGGAAGAAGACAUCAAAGGGAGUGGCCUCAGUAUUCUCCUCUUGAAGAUAUUAAGCAGCGGAAAGUAUUAGACCUCAGACGAUGGUACUGCAUAAGCCGACCACAGUAUAAGACUUCUUGUGGUAUCUCCUCAUUAAUUUCUUGUUGGAAUUUCUUAUAUAGCACAAUGGGAGCUGGAAGUCUUCCAGCUAUCACCCAAGAAGAAGCUUUACAUAUUUUGGGUUUUCAACCCCCGUUUGAGGAUAUUAGGUUCGGCCCUUUCACCGGAAAUACGACACUUAUGAGAUGGUUUAGACAAAUUAACGACCACUUCCACGUAAAAGGAUGCUCGUAUGUUCUAUAUAAGCCUCAUGGGAAGAAUAAAACAGCUGGAGAAACUGCUUCCGGGGCCUUGUCGAAGUUAACUCACGGAUUGAAAGAUGAAUCGUUAGCUUAUAUCUACCAUUGCCAAAAUCAUUAUUUUUGUCCAAUUGGCUUUGAAGCAACCCCUGUUAAAGCUAAUAAAGCAUUCAGCAGGGGCCCCCUCUCACCACAAGAAGUAGAAUAUUGGAUCUUAAUUGGAGAAUCAAGUAGAAAACAUCCUGCUAUUCACUGCAAAAAGUGGGCAGAUAUUGUUACUGAUCUAAACACUCAAAAUCCAGAAUAUCUAGAUAUCCGGCACUUAGAGAGGGGGCUGCAGUAUCGAAAAACAAAGAAGGUUGGAGGAAAUUUGCAUUGCAUCAUAGCAUUCCAGAGACUUAACUGGCAAAGAUUUGGCCUUUGGAACUUUCCAUUUGGAACCAUUAGGCAAGAAUCACAACCUUCAACACAUGCCCAGGGAAUUGCCAAAUCUGAGAGUGAGGACAAUAUCUCCAAGAAGCAGCACGGGCGUCUGGGCCGGUCUUUUAGUGCUAGUUUCCAUCAGGACUCGACAUGGAAAAAGAUGUCAAGUAUCCAUGAGAGAAGGAACAGUGGUUACCAGGGUUACAGUGAUUACGAUGGGAAUGACUGACCAUGCUGCGUACUGACGACUUGUGUUAUUCUCGCAGCUGGUCUAUACGGGACUGCAUUAAGGCAGUACAAGAUUUUAAGUCUGUAUUAAAUAGGAACAUAUCUUGUGGUACAACACAUAACCUUGUAGUUUCUCCAGUAAAUAAGCUUGUAUAUGAUUAUGAUGGGUGAUUUCAGAUAUAUAAACAGAUAAGCACAGAUUUUUUUUUUUGUCCUUUUAAAAGUUAAGAGUAUAUAAACAUUCUGGACAGUUUCACAAAGUCCAAUAAAAUUACACAAAACAAAUCAAACACAAUUUCACUCAAUAGCAUCACGAUUUGAAAUACUUACGCAUGAAGUGAUUUCUUAUGACUUGACCCCCCCAGAUAUUUGUUGCAGUUUUGUUCCCAAGCUCAAAAUGUAAGGUACUAACUAUCUGCCCAAAAAAAUUGGGGCUGUUGAUUUCUAGUUUUUCUCUAGUGGUUAAAGCUCAUUUAAGAUGACUUAGUGAGUUUAGAAAUUCUUUUACUUGUAGCGGUAUCUUGCCUGCCUCAUUUUUUUCCUGAUCAACUUUCUCAGGAUUCUCAAUAAAGAGGCAAAAGAGAAAAGACUGAAGAUACUGAUCUUUUCUAUUGGUGCAGAUGGGUGACUUAGUGCAUCGAUUCAGGUACUCUUGACUUUCUUGGUAUGUUACUGUCAAAUACUGACAAGAACUUUAGGUCUUGAAAGACUCAUAAGUCUACAAUAAACCUUGCUUAGGGAUAGAGUAAAAGAACAAGUGGCAUCUGAAGUUUCUAUACCCAAGGUAACCUGUGAGAUGAGAUCUGAUAUUUGACUGGUCCCCCAAUAUGGAGUCACAUGUUGACAACGGCAUUAAGGAUGCGUUAGGAAUGCCCCAUCACUCAGAGGGCAACUAUCCGUAUUCCAGAGAGCUCUUUCCUUUUUAAAAACAUGUAGACAAUUAGCUGCUUGAAGUGAGUGUGAAAUAGUUCAGAAAGUGUGGAUUUCAUGUAUUUGAGCUCCUCUCCAGUUGCUGUCAGUUUUUCUUCUGCUGCCAACCUGUGACUCACAAACAACUAGGAUUUCUUGUUCUUUCAUUUCAGGGGCUGUUCUGGGACUCAAAUCAGUAACUUGAUUAUUACAAGGUGCUGAAUAUGCUGGUAACCAUAUCGCAAUACACCUCAAGGAGAAGGUUCAGAUUUUUAUUUUUAAAAUAUUUUCAUUUUCUUCUCUUUUGAAUUUUAUAUCCAUUUAUCCACCCAGACAUGCCUAGCCUACAGAAGGGGAUAUAUAUUAUGAAAUGGGCAUUUUUCUGAAGAGAAUAUUUUGCUUGAAAUGCAAAGGACUGAAAGAUUUGUAGGUUGUUGAUUUUGUUACUUCAUACUGGAACUUUUAAGAAGUUUUCAUCAAUAAAGUUUUGUUUUCUACUUUUAA